GCAGUGAUAGCCAAGGUAAUCCGAAAAUCCGGUGCAAAUGUAAACAUGAUGUUUUAAUUUAUAAUUUUUAUUUUCAUUACUCCAGCAAAGAUUAUUUGUCACCUAUGGUGAGGUGAUGAUGUGAAGAGUUACAGCAAUGUCAGUUAUUGUAGAAAAUGGAAAUGGAUGUAUCAUAGAUCACCAUAAAGCAUCUAUAGUAACAAUAGAAACACCACAUAAUGUUGGUAGAGAUGAUAGGCAUGGUCAUCAAUAUAAACUUAAGUCUGACCUGUUUGAAAUUGUUGAACCUUAUAGAAUGGAUAGUCAGUUUGUAAAAUUACAAUCAGCAGAUAAAAAUGAGGAUGGCCGAAAGAAUAAAAGAAAGCGUAAAAGACGAGAACCAUUGAAUGUUGGGGAAAAAAUGGCUGUUGAUUUCCAUAAUGAGGUCAAAGGAUAUAUAGAGACAGCAUAUAAAAGUCUCCUUGAACUUGGUCAAAAGAUGAGCUACUUCAUGACCCAGAGCAACAUUGACCUCAGAGAUAAUAAUGUAGCUGCUAGGAAGGCAGCUUUAUUGGAUGGUACCCUGCAUUCAUUUAUAGACAUGUGCGAGCAGUCAGAUCAUGACAGGAACCAGGAAUGCCUGGCUGGUUGCUAUACUGGUGCCUCUUCUUGCUCUCUAAAUUGUGUAGGGACACAACAAGCCUGGAACCAGGAAUGUCAGCAAGAAGAACAUGAUAGAUUGAGCAAUUGUGUACCUACUAUACAAGUUUCUGAAGUGAAAGAUCUGUCAUUGUUUGGUACAAUCAACGUGAUCUGGCAGAACUGGGAUCAGUCAGGCAGGCUGGUUAAAUGUAAGGGAGAAAACUACAUAAUUCCAGAAAACUGUACCUUCCUUAUGUCAGAUAUAUCCGAGUUUAACAAACUAGGCAAAGCUCUUGGAAAAUUUGAUCUCCUUGUAAUGGAUCCACCUUGGACAAAUAAAUCCGUGAAACGCAAGAAAAAAUACCAUACAAUAGAUAAUGACAUGUUGUUAGGUCUACCUUUAUGUGACCUCAUGAACCCUGGAUGUGUUGUUGUUGUCUGGGUUACAAAUAAACAGAAUCAUAUACACUUUGUCACAGAAGAACUCUUUCCUUCUAAAAACAUUAGAUUCACAGCAAGAUGGUACUGGUUGAAGGUAACAAAGACAGGACAGUGUGUAUAUGAUCUUGAAUCUCCUCAUAAGAGACCCUAUGAGACUUUAAUUAUCGGGAAGUAUCAUCCAGUUUCCAUGGAAACACAGAAUGCAACAUGUGACCUUGAUAAUGCACGUGAUUCAAGUCAGGCAAGUAAUCUAAAAAUAGAUGCACCUGAAAACGAUUGGGCAAGUUCAAAAGAUAACCAAGACAGUAGAGGUUGUAUCACUGACAACAAGGUUAUUAUAAGUGUACCAUGCAGUCUUCAUUCAAAGAAACCUCCAUUGACAGAAGUUUUGAGGCCUUACUUACCUAAUGAUCCCAAAUGUAUGGAACUGUUUGCUAGAAACUUGCUACCUGGCUGGACAUCGUGGGGGAAUGAGGUGUUGCUACAUCAACAUGAGAGUUUCUUUGAAGAAGUCAUAUGACGCACAGCUACAUACAUGUUGGCAUGGAAACAUCGUAAUGUUUACCUGACCAUGGUCCUAAAAACCACACACACACAAUAGUUGUGAUGGAAACCUGAGAGUGUUGAGCAGUGUAUAAGCAAGGCAGGAUAAAAAUACUUGGAGGUGUUAGAAUUUUCUGUAUUUGUAUGACUGCAAGUAACAUGUGCCAGAAAACUUAAAAGUUAAUUUGAAUAUUUUUAUUGGCUUAAAGAAGUAAGAAGUGAAGAAACUAUUGAGUUACCCUAUACUGUAUGUGCAGUGGAACUGUUGAAAUAAUUAUUAAAAGUCUAAGUAUUGACUUUAUAAUAUCUUCUAGUAUGGUAUACAGUAAAAAGGUACAGUAACCUGAGAUGUUUGCUAACUUGCUUGCAGAUGAAUUAGUCCAAAAUCGUGGUCUAAAAGCAUUUAUGAAAUUACAUGUACUUUGCUAGCACCGUUUCUUCUUAUACCCUAGUUUUAUAAUGUUUCAAACUUAAUGACAAGAUAAUCAUAUUGUUAUUGAGAUGAAACAGAAAAUCUGGUUUUGAGAAGUAUAUGUUCAUGUAUAAUGGUGAAAAUUGAAGAAAGAAACUGAAAAACUUUGAA